UUUAACACACGAAACGCGUCUACUCGAGUCAGUACGCGACGCAAGUUUGACUAACACGGAAGCUGACUCACGUAUACAAUCCGAAACGACACGCGACGAUCGUCGGUGAGGACUCAACGCGAAAAGAGGCGAGAACUUCUUUUACGCGGCUCCGCGAUUCGUGGUCAGCACGCGACGCCAUUACGGAAACUGUUUUGCACGCGUUAUUUUCAAUCAUUCUACCGCUCCACUGGAAGACGCAUGAUGGCCGGCCGACUUCUUGCUCCUUUGCUCUUCGUCGUCGCUCUUGCUGCAUCGCUGCCAACCUUGGGCGACACCGCCUCAGCGCACAUCCACACACAUCAACAUAACAAAGCCGACAACAAUGAAAGGACGGAGGACGGUGCCUUCAGCCCUCGCGACGCCGAUCACUAUGCGGAGGGCGAACACCACGAAGAGUUUGACCAUGAAGCCAUCCUAGGGAGUGUAAAGGAAGCAGAAGAGUUUGAUAGACUUCCAAUACAAGAAUCAAAGAGAAGAUUAGGAAUUUUAUUGACCAAAAUGGAUCUGAAUAAUGACAAGUAUAUAGAGAGAAAUGAAUUGAAAGCUUGGAUCUUGCGUUCGUUUAGCACACUGUCUGCAGAGGAAUCUGAGGAUCGCUUGGACGAUGCUGAUACAAAUGAAGAUGGUAAAGUGACUUGGGAAGAAAUUUUACAAGAUACUUAUGGCAACGAUCCUGAAGACCUGGCUCUUGAUGAUAAUUUAAUCCAAGAUGACAAACAGACAUUCGAGGCUGCAGAUUUAAACAAAGAUGGUUAUUUAGAUACAGAGGAAUUCAAGGCUUAUACACAUCCUGAGGAGACACCUAGAAUGUUUCCACUUUUGUUGAAGCAAGCCUUGGCUGACAAAGAUAUAGAUGGAGAUGGAUACAUUAAUUUCCAGGAGUUUAUUGGUGACAGAGCCAAAUCAAAAGAUAAGGAAUGGUUGUUAACUGAAAAAGAUAAAUUUGAUUAUGAACAUGACAAGGAUGGGGAUGGUAGACUUAAUUCGGAUGAAAUUCUUUCUUGGCUUGUACCAAGCAAUGAAGAAAUAGCAAAUGAUGAAGUGGAUCAUUUGUUUGUGGGUUCAGAUGACGAUCACGAUAAUAGAUUAUCCUUUGAUGAGAUCUUGGAUCAUCAUGAUGCUUUUGUAGGUAGCGAAGCGACAGACUAUGGUGAUCAUUUGCAAGAAAUUGACCGUUUUGAUGAUGAACUUUGAGAAUCAACGAUUAAUUGAAUUAAUAU